AUGGCAAAGAGGAAGAAGGUUAAGAUGACGAGCAAGAAGAAGAGGAUAAGGAAGAUGAUGAAGAGGGAUAAAAGGAAAAGGAAGAAGACAAAAAUGAAUAGGAUGAUAGGCCUUCCGAACUUGGAGAGAAUAGUUAUGAGGAUGGGACAAACACAUGGACAGUCGAGGAGCCUACUCUUAAGUAAUCGAAAUGCAAGACAAACGAUUUGA